AGGACCAAAGGGUAUUUAUUGCUAACCCCUGAGUUAGCAGCAUCUCUGAUGCCCACCUUUAGUCCUCCUCCUAAAGUUAGAUAUAUUUUAGGCUCAUCUAUUCUUAGUAUAACUAUAUACAAGGACAGAUCAAGGGGUCUGGAAGGGGGCAUCCUACACAUUUAAAGUGGUGGGAACACACAGUUGUGCUUAGUUACCCAACCCCUCUCAAGACAGUUACCAUCUCAGGAUCUUGUCUCAACCACCCUACAAAAUGUGAGUUUGGAGGGAUUACUUAUGCAGUAUAUAGUUUCCCCAGGAAAUAGCACAGAGCCCAGCAGAAAGGAAGAAUAUAGCUAAUAUUUACAAAUACAAGAAUGAACCACUGGCACCCAACAAGCAUUCCUUGAUUGACUGGGUACUUGAACAUCAAAAGAAAGGUUUGCUCUCCCAAACCCUCUUCGAAAUCAAGGUUUAGUUCCCUCCCCGGACGUCAUCAAGGGUUCAGGAAGCUGGGACUUUGGCCUGAAACCUACGAUUCAGAAAAUCAGCAGGUAUGAAUGCCAUGCCAACCGUGAACACCAGCUUGUAACAUUAUGUCUUGUUUAGGAAGAGCAGGACCUUGCGCCUGUUCGCAGCCCAGCUUGCUGCCGGGACACCCGUGCGGAACUACAAAUCCCGAGAGGCCUCGGGCGCCUCCGGCCGCUGAUUGGCUGCACGGCACAGGCGUAGUGCGCGCAAGUGGUGGCCCGAUGGCUGUUCCUGGUUUGUUUGCCGCGGUCCGUGCGGCGCCUGGGCCCUGGCAGCGGGUGGCGUGCGCGGCCGCAGGGUUCCGGGGCCGCUGCCCUGGAAAGGGUUACGCUGUGGGCUCCGCGCAGAUGGAGGAACUGAGUCACAGAGAGUUAAGCGACUUGCCCAAGGGCACACAGCUGAGCCAGCCUACCUUUGGGUUCCUGUUGGACAUCGAUGGAGUGCUGGUACGGGGCCAUACAGUGAUCCCUGCUGCUCUGAAAGCCUUCCGCAGGCUGGUGAAUGCCCAGGGGAAGCUGCGGGUGCCUGUGGUCUUUGUCACGAAUGCUGGGAACAUCUUACAGCAUGACAAAGCCCAGGAGCUGUCAGCUCUACUGGGCUUUAAGGUGGAGCCAGAUCAAGUUAUUCUCUCUCACAGUCCCAUGAAGCUUUUCUCACAAUAUCAUGGAAAGCGGAUGAUAGUGUCUGGGCAGGGACCCCUGGUGGAAAAUGCCCAAGUACUGGGCUUCAAAAAUGUGGUUACUGUGGAUGAGCUGCGGAUGGCCUUCCCUGUGCUUGACAUGGUGGAUCUCCAACGGCGGCCAAAGACCACGCCCCUUCCAAGGAAUGACUUCCCCGCUAUUGAAGGAGUACUCCUCCUUGGGGAGCCAGUACGCUGGGAGACAAGCCUGCAGCUGAUCAUGGAUGUCCUUCUCAGCAAUGGGAACCCUGGGACAGGUCUGGCGACGGCCCCUUAUCCCCAUCUCCCUGUCCUGGCCAGUAACAUGGAUCUUCUUUGGAUGGCUGAAGCCAAGAUGCCCAGGUUUGGCCAUGGCACGUUUCUGCUGUGCCUGGAAACCAUUUACCGCAAAGUGACAGGCAAAGAGCUGAGAUACAAGGGCCUGAUGGGCAAACCCAGCAUCCUCACUUAUCAGUAUGCAGAAGAACUGAUCAGGCGGCAAGCGGAGAGGCGGGGUUGGGCUGCCCCCAUCCAGAAGCUCUAUGCUGUAGGUGAUAAUCCUAUGUCUGAUGUCUACGGUGCCAACCUGUUCAACCAGUACCUGCAGAUGGCGAAGCAUGAGGGGGCAGAGGAGCUGGAGACGAGUGGUCUGUUGAAGCAGCGACCCUCAGCAACCCAGAGCUGUGCCUCCAUCCUGGUGUGCACUGGUGUAUACAGUCCCAAGGUCCUGGGGUCCACAGAGCCUGCUCAGGGAGGAGAGGAGCCUCCCUUCCAUGGGCACCGGGACUUCAGUUUUAGUCCAGGGCUUAUAGAGGCAUCCCACAUUGUGAAUGAUGUGGAUGAGGCUGUGCAGCUGGUUUUCCACAAAGAGGGUUGGGCUUUGGAGUGAGGACUGUGUGUUCCAGGCAGGGUGACAGAGGGUAUCUUGGAGCUGUGGGUGAGUCCCAUUUACUGGUUUCUGGCCUGGAUCACAGGGCAGGGCAUCAUGUCAGGGCCUGCUCCCCAUGACAUUCUUCCUGCUACCCCACAGAUGUGACACUAGUGAUUACUUGGAAGAAGACACUGGCUUUUUCUCCUGCUGAGCAGUAGCCAUAGAAUUGUACCCUGGGUAGCAUUAUGGGUAGAACUGUGAGGAUUUUCUCAGUCCAAUUCCUGUCUGUUUCUCCUGGCAGUCUGACCUCAGCCCAGUCCCUUUACCUCUGUGCCUUGGUGUCCUCAUUUCAUUAGGCUCUUCUGGGAAAAGGGGAGGUAAUAUGUAAUAACAUGGAAAUUUCUACAGGAUCUUUGCCUGCAUUAAGGGAACCAUUGCAUGCCAGCAAGGUGUCUAACACUCAGAUACUACUUUUUAUUGUAUUUCAGCUUAUCGCUCAGAGACUUUUGAACUUAUUUUUUAAAUUAAAAUGAUAAUAAAUAUUCAUCAUGCUAUCUCUUGUGAA